GCACCAGCGACAUGCUGUGAGCUUCGAUCCGCCCUGAGAGCUCCCUGGGCAGGCUUGCUUUAAAACCUGAGCUGCUGUCCCGGGGUCCCAGUGGGGAGGAGAACCACUUAGUCGCAUACCUUAGCAAAGAAAAAUAAACAUUCAAACUUUUUUAGGCCCUGGAAAAGCUGCUGUUUACACUUCUCUGUUCUGAAAUGUCGGAUAUUCUCACAGGCUUUUCAUUUCAUGCGAUGGAGCAAAAUAGGUAAACUAUCUUAUCUAACUGUAAGCAUUCUCACAGGCUUUUCAUUUCAUGCGAUGGAGCAAAAUUGGUAAACUAUCUUCUCUAACUGUAAGCUGCUAGGACUGUUUUCACGAUCUCAUUAAAAAUUAACCAAAAUUAAUUAAAUUAAACCUGAAUGAUUUGCUUAAAGCAAAGUCAAUAGGUCUACAAGUGUGGUAUUUUGGGUUGUACAAAUUUUGCGACCAAAGACAGAACGAGCCGGGGAAGAUUUGACAAGCAGCAGAGGCGCCCCAUUCCUUAUUUCAACACUUACCUUGCAGCUCACUACAGGGUCCUGCUCCCUCUCACACACCCCUCCUGUCGUCACAUAAUCAGCUCAUCCAAUCACAGCGUUCCUCAAUAUCCGUGCGCUGUGCAUGGCACAGUUAUAAAGAUCUUGAACUAGCAGAGUAUAUUCUAAAUGAUGGCAAGACCUGGCGUGAGAAUGCAUCCCCUUUAACUAUCUACACUCCACUGUGAUAGUAAAAAGAGAGAGGAGGGACAGACGGGGAAGUGGAAGUGAAAUAUAGAGAAAAGAAAAACGAAAGAAAAAGAAGGAUCUUUAUUCCUUUUCUUUUUUUUUUUAAAGGAACAGAAACCACCAGGUGGUGUUUAUUGAUGCUGUGACCUGGGUGGGGUGUUAAGGUCAUUAGUCAGGGGUUAAGGGUCAGGGAUAAAGUGAUGUUUGGCAGUGUGACGAGUCCUCCAGAAGGAUCUCCGGUUGACAGUGCUGGGAACAGCGAGGAGGAGUCGAACAAACAGCGGAGGCCCCAAAGAGGUCCUAGAAAACAGCGGGCGAGCCGAAGGACACAGAGAGGGCAGGAUGAAGAGAAAGAAGAAAACUGGAACCAGGAAAGCCUGAGCCCUGGGAAGGUGAGACGGAAGAGGUGUUGGGGCAGUGACGGGAGUGACGGGAGUGACGUUAGCGCUGUGUGUAGCCCAGCCAGAUGCCUGGAGGUUCUGCAGUCUCAGCGUGUCAUAGCAAACGUGCGAGAGCGUCAGAGGACCCAGUCCCUCAACCAGGCUUUCGCCUCGCUACGACAGAUCAUCCCCACACUGCCCUCGGACAAACUGAGCAAGAUCCAGACACUCAAACUGGCAACGAGGUAUAUAGACUUCCUCCAUCACGUGCUGCAGAGCGAGGGGACGGACCUGGACAGCCUGCAUGGGUUCGCGGCCGCCAGCUGUGGUCACGCGGCUCACGAGCGUCUGAGAUACGCGUUUUCACUGUGGAGGACGGAGGAGGGAGCGUUGCCCAAGAUUGCUACGUAGCACUGCCCACUGCUGAGGCACAACCAAACGUGAUGAUCCAACAAGGUGCGUACUGGGAAGUGGAUUCCUCAGGCUGAAAUCUGGAAUACCACUGGGACUAAUUGGCUGAGGAAACUACAUUCAAAAAGGAAUUUCAGAGGCAUGGACAAAGAUGGCUGUUUUCUCAAUUUCAAUGAUUCUCCUGCGUGCAUGGUAUACGCCUUAUGGGGAACACAGGUCAAUUACCGUCGGUGGACAACUAUGGCUUAUUUCGGUCCUUUCCAUGCCUUACGCAGGCAACAAGUAGACUGGGACUGUACCAACUGACCUCAUGGGCAUUGGAAACAUGUGUAGUGCCAGUUUUGGUAUCUACAAAUUAAUUGAAAGUAUUUAUUGAUGUUACAAUGAAGAUGUAUCCAUUUCUAGAUGCAUUUCUAAUUUAAUAUUUUUUUGUGUGCUAUAAAUCAGAGUUUUUGGUCAAUUCCAAUUGAAAGCAGGCGAUUCAGAAAGUAAAAGUUUUCAAGUAUAUAUAUUUAUUUUAAAUAGGGAGUAUUCAAAUCCCAUUUGGAUCUGACUACCUCCAGUUAGAACUGAUCCUAACGCUUCUGUAAAUAUCUUUAAAUAUUUUCUGAAAUAAACAUUUAAGUAUGAUUACAAUUUUGAUCAUUCAAACUGUACUUUUUAGCAAGACAAAGUGAACAAGACUAAUGUUUGACAGAGGUUAGAACAGACCCUGAUUGAGCAGUGGGCCGGAUUGAAACCAGCGCUGUGGCAUUGCGUGUACACCAGAGGCAGACGUUUAGACUGCAGGACCCCCCUUAGCCAAUGUAGGCAUUUUAUAUAUAAUAUAUCUAGAAGUCUUGGCAAUGUGCAAACACUCUCCAUACAACAUCUCCCAAUUGUAUCAUGUGUACAUUAAGCUUGUCUUGAGCAGAAGCAUGCAUGCUAUCUGGGUUCAAUAUGGAUAAUGUUGAUAGUCAGACAACUGUCAAAUGUUAAGAAAGCUAGCUAGUAUUAGCAAUUUUAGAAAAUAUAUAACGCCAGCAAAACUGUUAUUAGUUGAGGAAUUGUUCUGACUUCAAAGGCAC